CCGUGGAUAUUGCAGCAACAGACAGUCAGCGUUUGAUGUGACUGUCAGAAAAGCACAGACGCUAAUAGAAGAACACUUUAAACUAAAGUUAAUCGUAAAGAGAGGAGCCGAGAGGCCUCCUGUGGGUACUGCACGUCCUCGGUGCUCCGCUCUGAUGCUGAACGUCGCGGGCUGCAGGCUGCCGGGCUGAAGAGGAUGGGCCCAGUGUCUCCUCCACUGAGAUGUCUCUGGGUCGGCUCCUGCGGCGUGCCUCCUCCAAAGCAUCUGACCUCCUGACCUUUAAUCCCGGAGUGGGGAGCUCAUCGUUACGUUCAAGCCUGGACGGCGAGAUCAUUUUCUCCAAAAACAAUGUUUGUGUGCACCCUGUGGAGCCGCUGCCGGGCCUGGCGGAGCACCACCCAGGCUACCUGUGUGUGCACAUGGAGAAAGAUGAGAGCUUGGGCACCACUUUGAUUCUGACCUGGGUGCCCAACUCUCGCAUCCAGAGGCAGGACGAGGAAGCUCUGCGCUACAUCACACCUGAUAGCUCCCCUGUACGCCGGAACGGACGUCAUCGAGGCAGACGACUCCACUCCCGCACCCGAACAGCCCCGGAGGAGGACGAGGAUGAGGAGAGGAACGCGGCCAGUACCACUUCUGCAGAGACCCACAGCCUGGCGGUAGAGCUUGGAGCAGAGCCGCCUUCACACCAGCAGCAGCUGCCCUCAGGAGGGGAGGAGGGCGACGAAGGCUCCUGUGAGCUGUCGGAUGAAGUGAGCCGGGACAGCACCAUGGGUUCGGACUCGGACACCUUUUCCUCACCGUUCUGCCUUUCCCCCGUCAGUGAGGCCCUCUGUGAGAGCAGUGGGUCUGUCUUUCUGGACAGUGAAAGCAGGGAGCUGGGUGAGGAAUCCAUGACCCCUUCAAUAAGCUCCACCUCCAGCCUUGAUAGCCACGCCCCCUCAGACAGUAGCAGCCAAUCACAGGGCAUGCGGUGGGAGGAGCAACAGAAGAUUCUGGCUCUGGAGCAGUUGUGCGGAGUGUUUCGUGUUGACCUUGGUCACAUGAGGUCACUGAGGCUCUUUUUCAGUGAUGAAGCUUGUACCAGUGGCCAGCUGGUGAUAGCCAGCAGAGAGAGCCAAUAUAAGAUCCUCCAUUUCCAUCACGCUGGUCUCGACAAACUGGCUGAAGUUUUCCAUCAGUGGAAGUGCUGCAGGGAAACGCAGCUUAAAGACCAGGUUGCAGAUGAGAAGUCGUGCAUGCAGUUUUCCAUCCAGCGGCCCACCCUGCCCUCAGCUGAGACACAUCCAGAAGAGAAGCUUUAUCGGAGGCUGGAUGUCACCACGUGGCUACGACACCUCAACCACAAUGGGCAGGUGGAGGAGGAAUAUAAGCUACGCAAGGCCAUCUUCUUCGGUGGUAUUGACCCGUCCAUCCGCGGUGAGGUGUGGCCCUUCCUGCUCCACUAUUACAACUAUGAGUCCACCUCUCAGGAGAGGGAAGCCUGGAGGCUGCAGAAGCGUGGUGACUACCAUGACAUUCAACAUAAGAGGCUGUCCAUGAGCACGGAGGAGCACAGUGAGUUCUGGAGAAAGGUCCAGUUCACUGUGGAUAAAGACGUGGUGAGAACAGACCGCAGCAACCAGUUCUUCAGAGGAGAGAAUAACCCCAAUGUGGAGAUUAUGAGGCGAAUUCUUCUCAACUAUGCAGUUUUUAAUCCAGACAUGGGCUACUGCCAGGGCAUGUCUGACCUGGUGGCCCCCCUGCUCACUGAGAUCCAGGAUGAAAGUGACACCUUCUGGUGCUUUGUAGGCCUCAUGGAGAACACCAUUUUUAUAAGCUCACCACGUGAUGAAGACAUGGAGAGGCAGUUGAUGUACCUGCGGGAGCUGCUGCGUCUGAUGUUUCCGCGUUUCCACCAGCACUUGACCAGGCUGGGUGAGGACGGCCUUCAGCUGCUUUUCUGCCACCGCUGGAUCCUGCUCUGCUUCAAACGAGAGUUCCCAGACACCGAGGCCCUGCGCAUGUGGGAGGCGUGCUGGGCGCACUACCAGACAGACUACUUCCACCUGUUCCUUUGUGUGGCCAUCAUCAUUCUGUACGGGGACGAUGUGACGGAGCAGCAGCUCGCCACUGACCAGAUGUUGCUCCACUUCAGCAACCUCUCCAUGCACAUGAACGGAGAACUAGUGCUGCGCAAGGCCAGAAGCCUUCUCUACCAGUUCCGCCUCCUACCCAGAAUCCCGUGUAGCCUACAUGACCUUUGUAAACUAUGCGGCACAGGGAUGUGGGACAGUCGCUACAUCCCCACUGUGGAAUGUUCUGGCGAACACCCAGGUUCACAGAGUUGCCCCUAUGGAGGCACCUCCACCCCUCAGCCAUCUUCGCCCUCCCCGUCAGUCACGUCCUCGCCCUCGCCAAGCUCCACCCCCACCCCUCCUCCAGAGGGCAAGAAAGGCUCCAAGGCGCGAGACAUAUUCACCUUCAGGAAGCAGUCUUGAUACAGACGUGCGGAGCUUCUGCUGGUCUUUGGCUCACGUUAGUCCAUUUGUUGGAUCCAUGAAGUGUUGCUGCCUUCUGACGCUGAUGAGGAACUCUUUCAUAUGAUGGAAUGUGUGGCUGUGUUUAACAUGAAUGUAUUCAAAGUGUCCAGUAUCACGCGGCAGGCCGAGGACGGUCCACUGUUUGAAGAAAUGGGCCGGAUGCACAAAAAGCUGGAGAAGGGACAAUCAUCCGUCCGUGUUGGUCUGCACAAACUUCAGGUUCAAUCUACUGCCGGUUCGGCACAUAUCCACACGUUCUGUCAGCGGGAAGGGCUCACAUCAGGGUCUGGCGCAACUGGACUGAAUCUGUGCAGGACUCUGAUCUCGGGUCAAAUCAAACUGUGGAUUCAUUCACAGGACAAGAACUUGAAGUUUAAAAAGAAAUGUUUCUGUGCUCACGAUGGAAUGAUUAAUCGUACUGAAAUCUGAGCACGGAACUGAUGUUUUAGACACAAAGUCUGAACCACACAUUAAAGAGAAGUUCACUUUCAAAUAGGAUUAUAAUAAUUUUUGGACACUUUUUUAAGUUAGAAUUUUUUUUUUAAAUCUUAUAUAUCAGCAGUUACAAUAUUUAGCAAUAUUAUAUCCUUGCAUGAGCGAUCGUGUACGUGUAGCAGGCACAACGUGUUUGUUGAAAAACAUCUAAGCCCAAAGCAAAGGUAAAAAAUGUGUUUACAUGACACACUCAUAUCAUGAUAGGGCUCAGCAGACUUCCUUAUCAGGUAAAGAACAUUCUCAUAUUUUCUUACCGUAUCGAAUGGUUCCCCAUCAGGCAGCCAGAGACCGCUGAAUGUUUCCUUCUGAUAAAGUGGGACGCAGACGUUCACAAUAUUUGUUGAACAAUCAGGUCUUUAUUUACACAUCAAACAUGCUGCGGAGCGGA